AUGGAAGGCAGGAGAACCAGAGGCAGGCAAAAGAUCGAUAUCAAGAAGAUAGAAAAUGAAGAUGAUCGACUUAUUACUUUUUCAAAACGGAGAUCCGGAAUAUACAAGAAGGCUAGUGAGUUAGCGGCUCUAUGCGGCGCAGAAGUUGGCGUUGUAGUUUUUUCCCCAAAAGGAAAACCUUAUUCGUAUGGUAGCCCUGGUAUUGAGUAUGUGGCGAACCGAUUUUUAAAUGUUGUUGCUGAUCAAAAUGCUGAUGAGAGGAUCUCUCAUGGCAUUCUGGAGGUGUACCGGCAGGCAAGAGUCUAUGAGGUGAACGAGAACCAUAAUGAGCUGGUAGGGCAGCUUGAGGCUGUGAAAGAGCAGAGCAAGGCGCUGCAACAGUUGGUAGAAGAAAGGGGAAGCGGGGAGCAACAGUGUUGGUGGGAGCCUGCUCUUCAUAAUCAGGACUUGCAAGGUGUCAAGAAUAUUCAUGAGUCCUUUAAAGGACUGGUAAAUCAUGUGUGCACCCAUCUCAAGCUCAGAUAUGGGAGCAGCAGCAACAGCUUUGAUAUUGGCAUUGCUUCUUCUUCUGCAGCACUACCCUUCCAUGCAGCAACAUGA